AUGGCGAGGCUCUCAGCUUGUCUGGUUCAUGCUUUUACCUUUUUCGUUCUCAUCAGUGUGGUGCUAGCUGAGUACGAACCAUAUACACCCAACUACAAAGAAACUCCCUACAAGAAACCAGUUGUGGAGGUUACUCCCGUGGUUUACCCAUCUCCAUCACCACCACCACCAUCUGCUUACGUCGCUCCCGUAGCGUACCCAUCUCCAUCACCGCCACCUCCAGCUUAUGUCGCUUAUGUAGUCUGCCCAUCGUCGUCGCCACCACCACCUGCUUACGUCGCUCCCGUUGUUUACCCAUCUCCAUCACCACCACCACCUGCCUAUGUCGCCCCGAAGUACGAAGCACCAAAGUACACUCCUAAAUACGUCUAUGCAUCCCCACCACCAUCAGCCAACGUCGCCCCCAAGUACGAAGUACCAAAGUACACUCCUAAGUACGUCUACGCAUCCCCACCACCACCUGCCUACGUCACUCCUAAGUACGUCUACGCAUCCCCACCACCACCUGCGUACGUCGCCCCCAAGUACGAAGCACCAAAGUACACUCAUAAAUACGUCUACGCUUCCCCACCACCACCUUCGUACGUCGCCCCCAAGUACACUCAUAAAUACGUCUACGCUUCCCCACCACCACCUUCCUACGUCGCUCCCAAGUACGAAGCACCAAAGUACACUCCUAAAUACUACGAAGCACCAAAGUACACUCCUAAAUACGUCUGCGCGUCCCCACCACCACCUGCCUACGUCGCCCCCAAGUACGAAGCACCAAAGUACACUCCCAAGUACGUUUACGCAUCCCCACCACCACCUGUCUACGUCGCUCCCAAGUACGAAGCACCAAAGUACACUCCUAAAUACGUCUACGCUUCCCCACCACCACCUGCCUACGUCGCUCACAAGUACGAAGCACCAAAGUACAUUCCUAAAUACGUCUACGCAUCCCCACCACCACCCGCAUACGUCGCCCCCAAGUACGAAGCACCAAAAUAUACUCCUAAAUACGUCUACGCAUCUCCACCACCACCUGCCUAUGUCGCCCCUAAGUACGAAGCACCAAAGUAUACUCCUAAAUACGUCUACGCUUCCCCACCACUACCUGCCUACGUCGCCCCCAAAUACGAAGCACCAAAGUACACUCCUAAAUACGUCUACGCAUCCCCACCACCACCUGCCAACGUCGCGCCCAAGUACGAAGCACCAAAGUACACUCCUAAAUACGUCCAAGUCUACGCAUCCCCACCACCACCUGCUUACGUCGCCCCCAAGUACGAAGCACCAAAGUAUACUCCCAAAUACGUCUACGCAUCUCCACCACCACCACCUUACAUCUCUCCCAAGUACAAAGCACCAAAAUACACUUCAAAAUAUGUCUACACAUCCCCGCCAUCACCAGUGUACGUCGCUUUCAAAUACAAAGCACCAAAGUACACUCCUAAAUACGUUUCCUCAUCUCCACCACCCCCACCUUACGUCGCACCCAAGUACGAAGCACCAAAAUAUACUCCUAAAUCACCGGCUUACGUAGCUCCUUAUUACUAA